GACAUGGAGGUCAUCAGAAAGAAACUACAAUCGUAUAAGGUCGAUCUAGAGAAUGCCAUCGAUCGGGCCGAGCUGGCCGACAAGCAGCUCAAGGAGCACAAGCUGAGGGCCGAUCGGGCGGAGAGCGAAAUUUCGGCGCUCAGCCGGCGGAUUCAGUUGCUCGAGGAGGAUCUCGAACGGUCGGAGGAGAGAUUAAAAGUCACCCAACAGAAGCUGGAGGAGGCCACUCAGGUGGCCGACGAGGGCGAACGCGUGCGAAAGACGCUCGAGCAUCGUGCGGCCACCGACGAGGAACGAAUGGACGCCCUCGAGAGUUCGCUUAGGGAAACGAAACUAUUGGCAGAGGAUUCAGAUCGAAAAUACGACGAGGUGGCCAGGAAGUUGGCUCUCGUCGAGACCGAUCUCGAGCGAGCAGAGGAUCGCGCCAAGAAGGCUGAAGCGAAACAGGCUGAAUACGAGGAGGAGCUCAGAAUUAUUGGAAACAAUCUGAGAUCGUUGGAGCUGAGCGAGGAGAAAGCUUUGGAGCAGCAGCAAACUUUUGAGCAGGCCAUUAGGACGGCCCACCAGAGGUCUCAGGAGGCAGAAUCGCGGGCCGAGUUUGCCGAACGAACCGUCCAGAAGCUCCAAAAGGAAGUCGACCGAUUAGAGGAGGCCCUCAUAAACGAACGUGAAAAAUACAAACACAUUUCGGAGGAGCUAGAUCAGACUUUCUCAGAGCUAACCGCCUGUUAG